AUGGGCUGCUCUCACUCCACGACGAACAACCCCACGCAGCAGUUCAACGGCAUCGAGUACUCUAUCCUUGAGCUGUCGAUCGCCAAGCGUCCUGGAGGGCCGGACGUCGGACCAGUUCGAACGGAAAAGGUAAAGCUGCGUGACAGAGCUGCAGCCAGGAAGAAGACGCUUCCAGUCGGUGUGAUGAUAUUUUCGGUCACCAAAGUCAUCGCGAACGAUGACGGCGCCAUGCUCUACGUCUUCAGCGGGACCACUGCCGAGGACCCCGCAAACGAAGUGGUGAUCUCCAAGCGGUACUCGGAUUUCAAGGCGAUGCACGCGCAGAUGUCGGAGCUGAUGGCGAAGGAGAGGAACGUCCCUUUUAACCAGCAACACCUCUUCGCCACCCAGCCGGCUCUACCGGAGAUGCCCAAGGCGAACGCUUGGACCUACGUGCGCGGGCGCUACAGCGACACAGUGUUGGAGGAACGCGAGGAGCAGUUCACGAGGAUCCUGAACGCCAUCGCACGCCACCCCGUCGCCUUCAAGAGCAAGACCUUCACGGACUUCCUGCUGGGCUAA